AUGCUUCCGCCUCCGCUCUCGCACCACCUAUUACUAUUCUGCAUCUACAUCGCCCUUUUCGUCCUCGCCUGCUUUGAUCUGGUGGUCUUGGUGGUCAGAAGACCUGCCGCGGUGAUGUUUCAGCGCCUCCGCGACGCCAUCGACUCUCGCAUCGCAGAGGAACAGGCACGCCAAAAGUCUGCGCAGGAAAAUAUCUCUAGAUCGAAUUCUGCUCGUCGUCCGCCUAAUAGCAGUCUCUCCCCCGGUCAACGUUCCCGCCCUCGACGCAACACAGGGACCCCUGUUCGUGGGCCUGACCCCAAAGAAUUCGAGGCUGAGUUUGCGAUCGGCGACGAUGAGGACUCGAGUCGUUCGGCUACGCCGCGUCUAGAGACGCCGGAUGAUGCUGCGGAGGGGGCUACCCCCGCGGAGACUGAGCGCAGCGAAGAUGGAGAGAAGAGUAAGACAAAGGCUCCCGCUGCCGAUACAUCCGGAAAGGAGACUCCUUCUGCAGAGAAGGCGCCAGCGAGUCAGACAACGUCCGAAUUGCCGGCAGAGGUGAGGGGAAAGCUGCGCAGGCUGGAUAAACUUGAAGCCCGAUAUCAUGAACUCCUCAAGGCGUACCGCGCGGCGCAUUCGCGUGUUCUUUCGAUCGAGCCCUUCGAAGCUGCUCUACGCGAAAACACCCCCCUCACCUCGAUUGCAGAACCGAAAGCCCUCACGGAGUACCUCAAUCAGAUGUCGCUGAAGAGCGAUAUGGUCAUUGAUGAGCUGAAGCGGGUGACGACCGACAGGGAUGACUACAAGAAGAAGCUAGAGGAGGCUCAAAAGGCUACGAAGGCUGCGCAUGACGAGUUGACCGGUCUGAAGAAGGAGAAGGAGGAAUCUUCGAAGGAGGUUAAGAAGGCGCCCGAACAAAAGGAAGAAGCCAGUGAGGAAUUUUUCUCUUUCGACAACGAGGUCCCCCGGCUCGAGGGAGAACUGAAGGAGAAGCAGGAGGAGGUCGACACGCUCAAGACCGAAGUGGACAAGCUCAAGAAGGACCUUUCUGUUGCGCGCGAGUCUACGGAAGGAAUGGUUCAAAGUCUGGAGACGUCUAGCCGGGAGCUCGUGGAGCUGCGGGAUACCAAGGAUAAACUUGAUGCCGAGAUCACGACUCUGAAGACUUCCAAGGAAACGGACGUUACGGAACUCAAGGCCAAACUUGCGGAUACCGAGUCGUCUCUGGAAAAGGCUACUGCUGAGGCAGAAAAGCUGAAGACCAAGUUGAAGGAAAAGAGCGAAGAAAUCGAAAAGUUGCAAGCCGAGGCUGCCAAGGCGGACAAGACUGAAAAGCCAGAGGUCGACCCUAAGCUACUUGAGCAGCUGGAUGAAGCGAAGAAGGCCAAGGAUGCCAGCGAGAAGAAGCUGGGUGUCGUGCAAGGCUUGGUGGAUACCUUCAAGUCGAAGCUCAAGGAGGCCGAGUCGCAGGUGUCAGACCUGAAGAAGGAGGUUGACCAAAAGUCUGAAGAUUCCUCCAAGCUCCAAAAGAUUGUCGAUUUCGUGGAGGACGGUCUGACCGGGAACACGGCUUGGAAGUCUGCCAAGGAGAGUGUUGCUGCUGGCAAGAAGGCUGAUUUCGAGGAGAUCCGCAAGAGCCUUGCUCCCGCUGAGAAGGCCGUAGAGCUAACUGCUUCUGCCCCGGCUGCCGAGGCUGAAAUCCAACCGGCUGCUAGCGGAGGAGCCGGUGGAGGCGCCGGCGGCAAGAAGAAGAAUAAAAAGAAGAAGAAGUUAGGCAAGGCCGCAGAGGAGGCAUCGAAACUGGAAGAGACGCCCGCCACAGAGCAGUCCACUAAAGAGACACCUGCUCCAGAGGUCUCCUCUGCAGCUCUUAAGGAGCUCAAGGAAAAGAUCGAGUCGUUGACCCAGCAGCUGUCCGAGAAGGAGGCAGCGAUUGACCGUCUUAGUGCAAAGCUCAAGGGCGAAGAGGAUCUGAAGGAGGAAAUUGAGUCCUUGCGUGAUGACCUCGUCACCGUCGGACAGGAGCACGUCGAAGCCAAGGACAAGAUUAAAGAGCUUUCUGCCGAGAAGUCUGCCUUGGAAGAGACCAUUGGUAAAUUGGAGAAGGAGCUGGCCGAGGUCCGCACCAGCAACGCUUCCAGCUCUGCCGAUUCUCAGAAGAUGCACAACGACCUGAAGGAUGAGUUCCAGCGUCUCAAGACUCAGUCGGCUACCCUGGAGACCGACCUUUCUGCUGCACAGCAACUGGCUGCUACACGGUUCAAGGAUCUCACCGACCUGCGAGAGACACUCCAGAAGGUCCAACCUGAGCUGCGCAACCUGCGUGCCGAAUCUUCAGAGUUGAAGACUAUCAAGGAAACUCUCGCUAGUAAGAAUGGCGAACUGAGAAACCUUGAGUCUAAAUGCGAUGACCUCCGCGCAGAACUGAAGACUGCCAAAAACAGAGUAUCCGAGCGUGAUUCGGAAGUCAGUACUUUAAACAAGAAGAUCCGCCAAGAAACGGAUAGUCGCCUCAAGGCCGAGGAGCAGCUCACGGUUGCCCAAUCUGAUCUGCGCUCUGCCGAAGCUAGAAAGCAGGACGCUAUCAACGCCAAAGACAAGACCGCGGGAGACCUCAGCAAGGCCCAGGAUGGGCUGAAGAGCUCACGCACCAAGAUUCGUGAAAUGGAGGAGCAAAUUUCCCAGUUGAGCAAGGAGGUAGAUGGUCUGAAGGAGGAGAUUCAACUGAAGACCGCACAACACGCUAGCGCGCAGAGCCUGAUGGGCAGCAUGCGUGAUCAGACUGCCGAGGUGGCCAUGCAGAUGAAGGAAGUGAAGGAGCGAUGCGAUAGCUUGGAGGAAGAAUUGGCCGAUGCUCAUCGAUUGCUGAAUGAGCGGACUCGUGAGGGUGAAACCAUGCGCCGACUGAUCAAUGAUAUUGAAAGUCGCGCCGAGGCCAAGGUGCGCGACUUUAAGGAGCGAAUGGAAGCUGCCGUCGAAGAGAGAGACCGUGCCGAAGAUGAAGCCAGUACCCAGGGCCGUCGUCGUGCCCGAGAAAUGGAAGAGUUGAAGGCCACGGUCCGCGAAGCUGAACGUGCACUCCGUACCGCCGAAGAGGACAGAGAGAACCUGGAGCAGUCUCAAAAGGACUGGCGUCGCCGUCGUGAUGAACUUGAAUCACAAUCCGAGCGCUCCACCGAGGAGCUUGCUGAGAUUCGCCAAGCCAUGUCCUCCCUCCGAGAGCAGCUUGACGAAAGCGAGAAGCAGGUUCGCGACCUCGAAAAGGAAAAGUCCGAGCUACGCCGCUCUGUCGAGGAAACUAGCAACCGACUGGAGAAGCUACGUCGAUCUCACAAGACACUGGGCGAAGAUGUGCGCCUUCGUGGAUUGGAGUCUGGUCGUCAAUCGUCACGGUCGUCUAUGGACUCCGGUUCCCGCCGGCCAAGUGGUGUCUUGUCUCCUCCUCCUCCACAGGACCGAAGCUCUUCUAGUCGGAGAAGCGAGACACCCUCUGGCACUGGAGCCAGUCCUAGCGGGUCUAUUGACUACAUGUACCUGAAGAACGUGCUUCUGCAAUUCAUGGAGCAGAAGGAUAAGAGUUAUCAGAAGCAGUUGAUCCCCGUGCUGGGGAUGCUGCUCCAUUUCGACCGUACCGACGAGCAAAAAUGGAUGUCAGCAAUCAUGUCCCGCUGA